UCCAAGACAAGCAAUAAUUAUUUUGACGCAUGCCAAUGAGCGUUGUCACUAACUAACGUCAUUACAGCAUCGUAACUACCCAAAUAUUAGCCGCCCUCGUUUUCAAUCAAGAAAACGGCCACCCCCAUCUAAAGAUCAUGGCUCUCUGUCUAUGAUGUCCAGUGAUUCUGAUGAAGGUCUGCCUGCAUUUGACCUGGGAGGCUGCUCCUCUAAGACUAAGACCACUGCACAGAGGUCAGGGAGGGAGCUGCUCUCAAGGUCCAUUGAUGAGAUGAGUGAGAAGGAAUUGAGAGUGGAGAUCAAGAGAAGAGAGGCUGUGGACAAACGGAGGUUGGCUGAAAUGAAAAAGCUGGAAAAACAACGAGAAAAUGUUGAAAAAAAACUCCAGAAAGAAAUUGAAAAAGCCAAAAAACAAGCAACCAGUGCCAGUCGAAAGGAUGACCAGCCAGCAGAGAGGCUCAAGCACAUGGUUGCCAUACUGGACACAGCUAUUGCAGAGAACUCCACACUCAUGUCCUCUCUGGCUGCCAAACUGAGUGAGGUUGAGGUGGAGUAUCGUAUUGGUAAAGAUGUGCUUCACCCUGGUACCAUCUCGUGGCUCAGGAAGACAGCUGAGCGGACAGUUGAUGAGCAGGCACAGAUACUGACAAAAGUGUGUGAGGAGGAGCAAGCUGAGCUGCUGGUCAACAUUGAGGCACAAGGCCUUGCUGGUCUAGUCCACUACACAAAAAUGGCACAGUGUGGUCAAACUUUGCCAGAUGGGGCAAAGACGUUCAAGCAGUAUGUGGAGGAGCUCAUAAAGUCAUUCCCUAACAAAAAAGUCACUUUAGUAGUUCAAGGAGUGGAAGCAUUCCUAAGAGGCAACAAGACCCACCAGAACAGGCAGUACAGGCAGGCUGUAACUGGGCGGGAAGCUGCCACUAAAAACUCAUCACAGCGAAUGUUCUCAGAUGUGACUCGGCUGGAUUGUGAGGAGGUAUUGGUGGACAUGCAGCUGGUGCUGGGCCCUGUGGUGAGGAUGUGUGAGGGCCCCGAGGAACUGGCCGAGUAUGUGGUCACCAUGACAAAGGCUAUAUCUGAGUCUUACUUCAAGCAAAGCAACCCAUUUUCAUUUCACACUGAAACUGGUCAAGGGCCUUCAAAACAGUCACCGUUGGCUAUACCGGUUUCUUAUGUUCAGGCUCUCUCUGAUGCUGAUAGCAAAGUGAGCCUCAUCUUCAAGCAUCAACUGAUGCAGUUGAACAAUGUAUCUGAGCAUAUGGCUGCUGCUGUGGUCAGUGUUUACCCCUCCCCCGCACACUUACUCAACGCGUAUGAAAGCUGCUCUGAUACAAAGAGUGCUCAACUACUAUUGCACGACAUUGAGGUGCGUCGAGGUGUGGGUGUGGUUUCGUCAACUCGCAGAUUAGGUCCCACCCACUCUAAGAGAAUUCAUCUACUAAUGACAGCGACAGACCAAACUCUCACUCUAAGCUAGCUCCAUUGCUCCAAUAAUUUCCAUGUAGGU